AUGGUUAUGCAUUACUUCAGCUAUCAUGAGGAUUGCCGUAAACUUGUAAGGAUACUGCAACAGACUCAACCGAAGGCUGCCAUAGCUCAUCCUGCCUAUAUUUCAAGUGUCAUAAAGAAGAAUGAUACUAAUGAAAUGGGUACGUUGUUGAAGAAAAUGCAGUGGAUAUCACUGGUAUCUUUACUCAAAGCCAAUCCACAAGAGAAAUCAUUAACUAAUGGAGGAGGUGAGAGAAAGUAUAGUGGAUGUAAAGCAGAAGACCUGUUUUUGAUACAGUACACUUCUGGUGCAACAGGCAGCCCGAAGCCAGUCAUGAUAACAGCAGGAUCUGCAGCACACAAUGUAAGAGCAGCAAGAAAAGCCUAUGAUCUUGAACCAUGGAGUGUUAUAGUUUCAUGGCUUCCUCAGUACCAUGACUGUGGCCUCAUGUUCCUUCUCCUAACCAUUGUUAGUGCUGCAACCUGUAUUUUAACUUCUCCAUUCAUGUUCAUCAAGAGGCCAAUCUUGUGGCUGGAAAUGGUAAGCAAAUACAAAGCUACCUGCACACCAGUGCCAUCUUUUGCUCUUCCUCUUGUGCAAAACUACAUGAGCAGUAGAUCUAAUAGAAAACCACACAUCAAACUGAAUCUAGAGACCCUAAGAAAUCUUAUAGUGAUUAAUGAACCUAUAUAUGGUAGUGUUGUGGAAAGCUUUGUGAAGAAAUUUUCGGUAUUUGGUCUGACUGCUUCUGCCAUGGGUCCAUCCUAUGGACUUGCAGAAAACUGUACAUUUGUGUCCACUUCAUGGGGAUCCAGUAUAAGCCAAGCUCCUACUUACAGAGGCCUUUUGCCUUGUGCAAGAAUUUGUUCACAAUCAUAA